AUGGCACAAUUACGAAGAUCUAUAAGAACUAGAAGCAAACGGAAACAAUUAACAGUAGAUAGUGAUUCUGAUAGCGAUUCAAACAUUUCCGCAAUCGAAUCUGACAAGGUUACCACCGCCAUCAGUCAAAAUUAUAAUACAGAGAAUAGUAAGGGUGAAAAUGAAGAUCAAGAAGAAUCAACAGAUGAUUCCUUACCCGAAUUAUCAUCAUCUUCAUCUGAGGAAGAAGAAGAUCCUAAUGAUUCUGAUUAUUUAGAGCCCUCUGCUGCAAGAAAAAGAAAAAGAUCCACAAGAAGCAGUUCCAGAAGUACAAAUGGGGAUAAACCAAAAAACAAAAAGAGUUCCUCACAACAGCCACCUGUCAAAAAGAAAAAAACUAAUAUAAAGAAAACAACCACAAGUAAUUAUAACCUCCCAUUAACAGAAGAAGAGCAAAAUGAUUAUCUAGAAAAUGUAAAAGCUAUGGAACAUAGUGAAUUAUUUGAAGCUUUAUCUGAAUCUGAUGAUAUCUCUAUCGAUGAAUACUUAAGAGGUUGGCUAGAAAAUUAUACCACUAAUAGAGAUCUUUUAUUACAAGAUUUUGUUAACUUUCUACUAGAUUGUUGUGGUGCAUUAGUACAUGUAGAACAGCACGAUAUUCACAAUAACGAGUCUGCUACAGAUACAAUAACUGAAAUUCAAUUAUUAUUUGAAAAGCAAAAAGUUCAUGAGUUCCACUUAAUGACAAGUAGAAUAAACAGUAAGACCAGUUCUUAUCCUAAUCUAUACAAGAAUUUUGUUGAAUUUAUGUCUGGAUUUUUAGAUAUCGCCAAUGAUAUGCAGUUGUUAUACGUUGAAUCACAAGAAGAUAAUGACGAAUUAAUAAUGGGUCCACUAGUAAUAGAUAUCCUGACUUGGCUUUCUGCUUUUUCAACAACAAAUGUCAGAUGUUUUAGAUAUAUUGCCACGUUAUCAUUAUAUUUAUAUCAAGAUUUUCUUACUGACCACAUAGUUGAUUUGGAAAAAAAUUAUCUUGCCAAAUUUACCAAACAAUUAUCCUUAGAAAAGAGAAAGAAAAGAAAAAACCAGACUGUUAUCUUUAAAUUAGAAAAUAAUAUAGAGGAAAUUCAAAAUAGUAAAAUUAUUACGGAGAAUAUCAUUGAAAAUAUCAUUAAAAUCUGUUUUGUACACAGAUUUAAAGAUGUUGAUGAGAUUAUUCGCUCCGAAUCUGUUUUGCAUUUAUCUACAUGGAUCAAGAAUUAUCCAGAAUAUUUCAUGAAAGUAACUUAUUUGAAAUACUUCGGUUGGUUACUAAGUGAUACUUCCAACAUUGUUAGAUCACAAGUAUUAAAAGUCUUACCUAAUAUAAUAACUUUCAACCAUUCUAAGAAAACAGAUAAUUCAGCUAUUAGACAAUUUUUUGAAAGAUUCAGACAAAGAAUUUUAGAUAUUGCACUAAAAGACGUUGACUUAGAAGUAAGACUGUAUGCAACAAAUAUAUUGACUGAAAUUGUAAGUCUUGGUUAUUUAGAAGAUGAUGAAAUACUUGCAAUUUCGAGUUUAAUAUUCGAUGAUAAUGAUGUUAAAGUUUCGGCUCAUAAUAAAAAUUCAAGAUUUUUAAAUUCUGUCUCUAAAUUUAUGACUAAAAUAAUAAAUGAAGCAUGUACAGAUUUUCUCAAAAAUAAUGAAUCCUUAGAUGAAAAUAUGGCACCAAUUAAAUUAUCCGCUUUAGUCAAAGUAGGAAUCUUUAUGAGAUUUAUUAGUAAUUCUUUCUUAUUUUAUGCCCAGGAUAACCAUGAUUCAAGUAAAUUAGAAAAACAUCAUUUACUGUAUCAGGCCUCAGAAUUUUUAUCCCCCUAUUUUAACAAUGAAAUUAUGACAAUAUGUAAACUGUUAAGUGAUGACAACACAUACGAAACAAUAUUCAAUACUAUCGAACAAGUCUCAAAGGAUAAUAAAAGCACACAAUCUGAAUUAGAGGCGAGUAAUGAUACCAGUAUUACUAUGUUUAAUACAACACCAUUACUACCAACCAAUAAUAAUAACGUUAUUCUUUAUCUUAUAGUACUUGACGGUCUUUGUCAUGGUGCUUCCUCCAUCAAAAAUCAACAAAAAGCUAAUGUAGUAAAAUCGGUAUUACCACAUUUAUUAGGGUUGUUCAAAAAUUUACCUAUACAUUCUCCAGAUAUUUUACCACCAUUGUUAAAUAUUUUUAAUCUUUUUACCUUUGAAGAUUGGAUUCAGUCUGAGAAUGAAAAAGCUAUUUUAGAAAUCACACAUAUAAUAACAAAGACAAUUGACGAAUGUGUUCUUCCUUCAUGUGCUCAAUCAAAUAUCUACUACAAUGCAUUAUCUAACACUCUAGCACAUAUAGAAAAUUUCAAGAAACGUGAAUUAGAUGAAGUAUGGUUAAAUGAAAUAUCUCAUAUUAAACUCCACUUAAUGAAAUUCUUUUCUGAAAAUGCUGAAAAUCUAACAGAUGCAAAACAAUUCAAUGAUUUUAUAUCCACAGUGUAUUGCACCUAUAUAAACAAACUUGUUUUAAUUGGAAAAGUGUACCCAGUUGAAUUUGACCAUAAUUUGCUUGUCCAAUUAUUUGACAGAAUUUUUUCACGAUUCCCUGAGUAUUAUAAACAAUUUGAUACUGAAAUUAUACCACAAAUUUCCUUUAAAUUACCUGUUAUUUUGGUAUCUUGGCAAAUACAUAAAUGGGCCGAAAUUUCCAAAAAAUCCUUGCUUUUGUCUAACAAGGAAUUCACCAAUGAAAACUUAAACAAUAACGAUAUUGAUAAUAUUAGAGGCAAUACCACUGACGACAAAGAGUCUAAUAAUAGCUAUAAUAAUACUUCACAUGGCAGUAUAAUUAAAACAUUAAAUACUAUCAGUGCUAUCCUGGAUCAGUUUUAUAGCAUAUUGAUUACUUUAAGACUUAAUAAUUCAACAAAUGUACAUGAUUUAUUUAAAAUCAAAUGGGAAUUAAGUAACGCAAUUAUUGAUAUUUUUGUGGCAAUAAUAUGUUUUGAAUUACAAUUACCUGAAGCCAAUAGAGAUUGGAAGACUCUUAUUGCCGAGAAAUUUCCUACUUAUUUACCUAAGGAUAUCCAGGAACAAUUGAUGGAAACAUUUCUUUAUUUGGAAAGUUUACAUGCCAAUGAAAAUGAAAUCCAAUUAGAAAAAAUUAAUGAUGAGAAUGUCAUUUUAAAUGACAUACAUAAUAGUCCAUAUUUCAAAGAGACGGAAAAAGAAUUACUAGUUUAUUUAAUAAAGUUAAAAGGGUUGUUAAGAUUAGGCUUGAUAAGUGAUUCAAUAAUAACAAGAUUAAAAUUAAAUGAAAACAAAUUUAAUUCUUUAUACCAAAGCAUAUUAAAUGAUGAAAUAUUCGAAGAUGUUUUAUCUAACAACGUGAAGACUGGUACAUCUCACAUAACCUCAGUUCAUGAGGAUGAUUCUAUAAAUGAAAUUCCGUUACAUUCUGAUUCCAGGGCAACAACAACAGAGUUAGACCCACUCGAAGAAAGUAGUGUAUCUUCAACACAGGAAAACUCUAAAAAUCAUAAUACUAUUGAAAGCAGACAAGAAUUAGAUACCAUCCAUGAACAGUCCCGUGAAGAAUCAGCCAGAAAGGAAAUAGAAGAAAGUCAGGAAGAUCCAAUUGAGGGUAAUUCUGACACCGAAAACUAA